AUGUUGGUAUGUGUAUAUCAAGUAAAAUCAGCAAAAAUAUUAGGGGUGUUUCCCAUACCAUCAUUUAGCCAUCAAAUCGUUUUCCGUAAGAUUACUCAAGAACUACAUAAACGUGGACAUGAACUUACAGUGCUAACACCAGAUCCAGCUUACCCCAAAGGAAAGACACCCGCAAAUUAUACCGAAAUAGAUUUUCACGAUGCUUCCUACAAAAUAUUCAAAUCAAAUAUUAAUUCUAAUUAUAAAAGAGAAGGUUUAGCAAUUGACUUCGAUAUGGUUCGUGGUAUGACUGCUCUGUUUAUGAAGAUAAUUGAAUAUCACUUUCAAUCUGAAGAGGUUCAAGAAAUCAUAUCCAAAAAUAAAUACGAUCUAAUAUUGUUGGAAUCUGUUGUUUUACCGGGAUUAAUUUACUCACACAUAUUCAAGGCUCCAGUCAUAUUAGUGAGUUCCUUCGGAGGCUAUAUAUAUGAACAUAAAAUAAUGGGAACACCAACUUCUCCUAUUUUGUAUCCAUUGCCUAUGCGAAAUAAGAUUUACAAUCUAAAUUUUUAUGAAAAGAUAAGAGAAAUAUACCAACAUUAUUCAAAUGAAUACGCAUUAUACUUAAAUAACCUUGAUGACGAUAGAAUCUUGAAGAAAAUAUUUGGUCCCCAAACUCCAACUAUAAAUGAGUUGAGUGAUAAUAUUCAUAUGCUCUUUCUAAAUGUUCAUACCAUUUGGGCCGACAACAAACCUACUACUCCGAAUAUUCUAUACUUAGGUGGCAUACACCAAGAACCGCAGAAAAAUUUACCAAAGGAUCUUGAGAUAUAUCUAAAUUCUUCCCGACAUGGAGUGAUCUACGUAAGCUUUGGGACAAAUGUUUUAUCGAGCAUGAUUUCUACAGAUAAAAUAGACAAUAUUGUAAAAGUUCUAUCAAAACUUCCCUAUGAUGUGUUAUGGAAAUGGGAUGGAGAGGAAUUACCUGGAAAGUCAGAAAAUAUUAGGAUAUCCAAAUGGUUUCCUCAGUCUGAUCUUCUGAGACAUCCUAAAAUAAAACUAUUUAUAACUCAAGCUGGACUGCAAUCUACUGAUGAGGCCAUUGCUGGUGGAGUACCAUUAAUUGCCAUACCAUCUUUCGCUGAUCAAUGGUAUAAUGCCGAAAAAUAUGAAAAAUUCGGUAUUGGUAUUCAUUUGGACAUUACAACUUUUACAGAGGAAGAACUGCAUAAUGCAGUAAUUACCACUAUAAAUAAUGAAAGGUAA